AUGUUGAAAAGACUAAGGGAUGAUGGAGAGGGAACUCCAAAAAAACAAACAGCAAAGAGGAGACGAUUAGACGUCCACCAGGAUGAACUGGAGUCAUCAGCCACAUCAACAACCAGUAAUGUGGAAAACUGCAGUUCAGCUUUGGAGGACGUGAAAAAGACAGGAAGUAAAAGAAAAGCUGACUCUGCGGGAGAAGGAUCAAGUAAAAAGAAGAGCAGAACAGAAAAGACAGAGAUCAAACCACAGACUCUAAAAAACUUGUCUGUUAAUGAACAACGAGGUUUAUUCAAGGAUAAAUAUACAGAAGAGGAUGUUCUUGACCAAGGAGGCUUUGGAUGUGUGUUUGCAGGCUAUCGAAAUGAAGACCAUUUACCGGUGGCCAUCAAACACAUCCCGAAGAACAGACUCCUCAAAAUCAGGGAUCAGAGUGGGAAACGGAUGUCAGCUGAAGUAGCAACUAUGUCGAAGCUCUCUGCUGGGGCGGCUGGAUCAGUGGGGACGUCGGCAGCGGUGUCCCUACUGGACUGGUACGACCUGGGUAAGGAGCUGAUAGUAGUGCAGGAGAGACCAGUCCCGGCUGUAGACCUCUUUACCUACAUCCAAAGGAAUAGAGGGGCCCUCAAGGAGAAGGAGGCACGGGUUUUAAUGAAACAACUCGUCAAUGCAGCAAAAGAACUCGAGGAAAACAACAUUUUUCACAGGGACAUCAAGGUGGAAAACAUCCUCAUCGAGACUGGAUCUGACGUCCCACGUGUAAGACUAAUUGACUUUGGGCUGAGCUGCUUUUUUAAGAAGCGCUCAAACUUCCGUAAUUUCUGUGGAACCGCUGAUCACAUCCCUCCUGAGUUGUACGUCUUACAAAGGUACAGGCCAGGCCCCACUACAGUCUGGCAGCUGGGAAUAGUACUCUUUGACAUGCUUCACAGGACACAGAAGUUUGAGACUAUCCAGUUCGUGGGAAGUCAUCAAAAAGUCAAAAAGAGACUUUCCAAAAAUUGCAAAGAUUUCCUGAGGGCGUGUUGCGCCACGGUGCCAACAGACCGUCCGACGCUGGAGGAGCUGCAGAAUCACCCAUGGCUCCAAUAA